AGGUAAUCUCGCAGCUUUUACUUUCAAGCUGCAGCGGUCCCGCCUCAGCCUUGCACCCACUUUCAAUAUCUCCAGUUCUUCCAGAAAGUUGGUCGCCAAAUUCGGUUCAGUCGGGUGAGUGCCCUGCAUAGGACUAUGGCCCCUAGCCAGAAUCCGGACUACCCGGACUACCACGAAACCGACCCCGAGGAUAUGAGAGUCGAUCCAGCUUUCGAUAACGACUCUCGCUGGCCACGACGGCUUCUUCAUAUUUCCACUUUAAAGUCGUAUCCGUGGCGGCGCGGAAACGUUUACGGCGGCAAGAAGGAACCGCGCUACUUCGCAAUCACGUACACCUGGGGACGGUGGCAGCUCGCGGCUGAUAGCCACCCUUCCUUGAAAUCUCUCGAUUUUGGGACACCUUGGCCGAUUCCGCGAGUAGAUCCGACUCGAUUUACUCCGGAAGACUUCGUCAAUCUCAUCCAAAGUCUGCCAGUGCAUCCGCCCCGCCCGAAUAGGCUCCGAGCAGCCUACGUAGAAGAAGUCGAGUUUGUCUGGCUAGACGUAGCAUGCAUCGAUCAGCGAACUGGUUCUCGCGAGAAAGAAUUGGAGAUUGGACGGCAAGCAGCUAUUUUUAGCGGAGCGCAUCAGGUAUUUGCUUGGCUACAUCGGUUUGGAAAUAGCGAAGCACAGGAAUACUACCAAGAGUUUCGAGAGGGGUAUAGCAUCCUCCUAAGCUGUCUCAAAGAUAUGAAAGAGCUCCAACUGGACGAACAGAAGAAUGUGUUACGAGAAUUGGGCACUAUGGAGUCUAGGAUACACCGACAAGAAACUCGAAUGAUGGCAAGUAAGGCAUGGGCAAAAGUGAGUGCUAGAAUUGGGUUCCUCCGGAAGAAAAUAUCAGAGAGACCACCCAACCCGGAACUUCUUGAAUUAGAGGAGAGAGCGCAGCGCCUGCUCCAGCUCGCGGAAACUAGUGCCAUGUUUCAAAGCUCGACCAAGAAACGUCCAAAGCCCGGGCCUGUCCAGAAAGUCCAGGAGAUGGUUUCCGAUGUCAAGAAGCUCUCCAUGUUGAUUGAAGACCUCAAGCAAAGUAUACACCUGAUGAUCGAUGCUGCGGAGAAGUUUUCUUCGGAGCCGUGGUUUUCCUCUCUCUGGACCCUGCAGGAAGGAUAUUUACGACCAGACGCAUUUCUAAGAGACCGAAAUGGGGAACCUUGGAUUUACACUCGAUCUGAGGCACGCUUAUUCGAUUUUGUCGAACUAUUUCACGAACUUUCGGAAACUCUGGCAUCCUCCAUCAUUGUGGACACGCCGGCGGCAGACGAGCUUCGAUCGCGAAUUGGGAGAUCUGGUUGCCUUGAAUUAAAAAGCAAGCUCCCCACAAUCCUUCUCAAAGCAUCCCAGAAUCGCACAGUGAAUCCGGCAUACGUCAACGAUCGGGUCUAUGGAAUCAUGCAGGUCUUCGGCUUCAAGUUGGGACGAGCAGCUCCCGAUUGCCCUCCGGACGCUCAAUAUAGUCUCGAUGAUCUAGAAGACCAGCUUGGUGCUGCACUUCUGUCCCAGUCGCCAAUCAUGAGCCAGAUGUUCUUUCACACUCAACCCGCGCCAGCGGGGAAGGGUUGGAGAAUGAGCGCACACGUCGACAUCCCUAAGCUAGCCGGCAUGAUGAACGCCUACUUGAACGCCCCAUAUUCAAAGGUCGAGUCGACAGCAGAGUUAUCCGUCACGAAUACUGGACGUGCCAAUGUAGGCCACUUCUCGGGGAUGGUUUGUAAUCUAGAAACCUUGCAUCGGAUAUGGACGAGAUGGAACUACGCUGGAGACGAGGUUAGGAUGGAUUUCGACACUGUCGAUUUUUCGGACAAAUCGCAGUAUGUCUCUGAAGUCGAGGCUUUGAUGCUUGGAAUAUUCCGGUACGACCAACGCCCAGGGUCUGUGGCGCGGCUUCCAACAACGGUGGUAUGCCUGUUGUUAUUUCCUUCUGUAGAUAAAUCUCGGAUCACGGAGUGGAGGCGACGAGGUCUUUGUUUCUGGAGCUUAGAGGACCCUUUUCUGAGGAGUCUCAAUCUCAGUAACGAAGAGAGUGACUUGAUGCAUGGCCGCGGGUCGCAUUGGAAACAUCGGAGUGGGACCUUUGGUUAGACGGUUCGCAGAACAGCGGGAAUAAUGAUACUCUUUCUCGGUCUACAAAAUUUAAUCCACAUUUCUUGAUAU